UGAGAAAACUUUUUCCAUUUUGAUACAGUAGCUUGAUAAUAUACAAAUCGAAAAACUUUGAAAAAUAUCACCAGUAGAGAGUUUGUUUUUAGCCAUUGCACGAUCUUAAAUAGCAAGGUACAAACAUCGGCAUAGAGAGAAAUUUCAUCAGUGACAGGAACAUUGAAUUGAAAAUAAUUUAUAAACAGGGUGUUCCAGAAGUAGAAUCGAAAAUCUUAGGGUAUUGUUCCUGGAUGAUAGGAGACUACAAAUGUCGUAUUUGAUAUGUAAUACUACUGUAAUACUAUGUAAUCUUUGGAAACCCUUUUCAUUCUGAUAGCUUGAUGAAAAACUUUGAAAAAUUACACCAGUAGAGAGUUUAUUUUUAGCCUUUGCGCGGCCUCAAGAUAACAGAUCUCUUAGACAUGACAAGAUCUGACAGACAAGGACAGCAGCACUAAUGUUAAUCAAAUACUGUCAUAUUAACUUGAAGCUCGCUUCAUGAAUAUUGGUGUUGUGUUUGAUUGUAGAUGUGUGAAUUAUUUGUUUGUUUGUUUACAGUUUUGCCCGGAGAUAUCCUAUAUGGGAGGAUAGGAAAAUUGCCCUUCCUUCCUGCGGUGAUUGUACCGGAGGAAGGGAGGGCCGAUGAAACGGCCUAUCACCGAGUCAAACAAGUAAAUACAAAAACAGGAUUGGUUUCAAGACAUACCUAUAGACUGAUUUGGCUGGAUGGCUCUUACCGCCACACCUGGGUGGGGCGCUCUGCCUGCGCCCCGUUUGCACCGCCCCCCCAAGGUGAGGAAGGAAGACAGGCAUUGGAACAGCACAUAAACACAUACCGGAGGAACAGAAAAGAUCGGGCAGCGUUGCGGGUGCCAAGGCGCCUGGAGCAGGUGUGCCGUGAGGGGGUAGAGGAGGCUAUCAACUUGAGCCGCCUCCCCACGGCAGCCCGUCUUGAAGCCAUCGCGGCCCAACUGACACCACUCCCCGUUGAUGACGAGGAGUGGUUGCAGGUUGGCCCCGAUGGCCAGGCGCCGAGGCCGGAGCCCCGCCCGGGCCCCGAACCCAUGGAGCUCCCCGAACCCAUGGAGCUCCCCGAACCCAUGGAGCUACCCGAACCCAUGGAACUCCCAGAACCCAUGGAGCUCCCCGAACCCAUGGAGCUCCCCGAACCCAUGGAACUCCCAGAACCCAUGGAGCUCCCCGAACCCAUGGAGCUACCCGAACCCAUGGAGCUCCCCGAACCAGCAGCAGUCGAACGGACACCAGCCCCGCCCCGGCCAGAACGCCCGGCCACGAGCCAGUCGGCCCAGAGCCCAGAGCCUCUAGCAGAGGUCGAGCAAAUCGUAAGUGAAUAUCCACUCAACUCACUUUUCAAAAUCAAAUUCAACUUCUCAAUUAUCAUAGUUUGUAACAACAUUUCAGCUUUGCCAAAACAAAUAUCAAUUAUGGUAGUCGGAGAGAUAUUACUCUUAAUGAGAUGUGAUGGAACCGAUUUAUGGUUGCACAGUUUUUAGCAUGGGCAGAGAGAGUGUAGAGUAGAGUAGUGGAGUAGUGUGGACUAGCCCACGUUGGGACACCAAAAUUCAAAUAACUUCAACAAAAAUAAAAAAAAUCUUCACUUUUAAAUUUGUUUAUUGUAAUUUCUCAUACUUUCAUCCUUGACAAUUACAACUGCAUUAAUUGUCAAUUGAUUUUUAAAGCAAAAACAAUUUUUUGGGAGUGUCUCAACCUAGGCUUAAGGUCGGCCCACGAUGGGACAUCCCUUGCACAGGUUGAAAAAUUGAAUUGGGAAUAAGCAAUUAGAAGUGCUAGAAGAAGACGUAUUAGAAGUUCAGAUCUGGUAUAGAUGUCAUAUUUGCUGUUUCAAUCAAUUAUUCUAGUCAAUUCCAAAUUUUAUUUUCUGUCCUAGUAGUGUCAAUUU